AUGUCUGCACCAAAUGAUCCUUUGAACUUCAUUCCGGCGGAUGUCUUUUACAACCAGAACGUCCCGGGAUUCCAGAAGUCAACCAAUGUUCUGGACGUCCAGUCUUCCACCUCGGAGUCCAAGGACAACAAUCCUCUUCGCUAUGCCGCCCAUGUAACUCUCGAAGGGGUGAACAAAGGUCAUAAUACGCAUGUCCUCAUUCAGUUCGUCACGCCUCAGAUCUGGAGAAUCAGAUACAACCCCAAGUUCCAAAAUGUCACCGACUAUCCGGAUGCCAACUCUCGCACCAUUGUGAUGAACAGCUUUGCGGACCUUGUUGAUGACCUUCAGCAAGAGUACCGAGAUGCCCUGGCAUGGAACGCUCACAAGGCCGGAGAGACUUGGCACUGGAACACGACCUUUGAAAAGAUGGGCGAUCGGCAUUGGGUCCUCACUUCUCUGGAAUAUGAGGACAAGAACGCCCAGGGCAAGGUUGCUACCAAGAUUCACAUCUUGAAUGACCCUUUCCGUAUCAUUGUCACCAGGGAGCUGGCGCCGAAGCCUUCUACCACCUUUCAGGAUGGUGUUGGCGUUGCUGCGACCUCUACUUCUGAGCAAAUUAUCUGGCAGACCACGAAGCAGACUUUCAUGCACCAAGACGACUCCAAAAUCGGGGUAAUCAACAACGUGGUUCUCAACGUCAACAAGCCCACUCAGGCCCAGUAUCUCGGUUUCGGGGAGCAGGGAGGACGCACCGUCCUGAAGAAGCCCACUUACAUGAACUUCUUCUGCUAUGAUAACUUCAACUACACCAAGGUCUACGGCCAGGGAGCCUUGGACCCCAAGGAGCCUCUCUAUCAUUCGACUCCGUUCUACUUGGAGAUGAACGGAACCCCGGAGCACAGGAACGUCACGGGUUUGAUGGUGGACAACUAUUCCCAAGUCGCUAUCGACCUCGGCAAGAACAACUCCAACACCAUCGGUGUGGGCACUCGAUUCGGAACCUUUGAUGCCUACAUCAUGACUGCCAACGACGUGCCUAGGAUGAUCUGGCAAUACACAUCCAUUGUGGGACGUCCCAAGCUGAAGCCGCGUUUCAUUCUGGGUCACCACCAAGGAUGUUACGGGUACGAUUCCGAUGCCACCGUGAACGGUAUAGUAGACGGCUACCGUUUGUCGGGAAUUCCUCUUGACGGCAUGCAUCUCGACGUCGACUUCCAAGAUCGUUACCGUACUUUCACAACCAACGGUAUCAACUGGCCCGAUGUCGGAGGCUUCUUGAAGAAUCUCAAGGCUCGAGGAGUGAAGAGCUGCACCAAUAUCACGCCAAUUUUGACCUUCCGCGAGUCGAAUUCGGACCCGUACUUUGCCCUGAGAGCCUUUUGGGACCAAAACGACAAGCUCAAUCCUGCCACCAACCUCCUGGUGGCCGAUCAGCGGUACACAGACGGUUUGCCCAGCGAAUUCCCGGUCAACGGAUGUACGAGGUACGAUGGAGGAUACGCCAGUCCAUCGUACAAGAACCCAGACGCCCUGAGCGAUCGGAUCACUUUCGCCGACUACAUUGGAGCGCCAACUUACACGGACAACUAUGUCUUCAUUGAGCCGGACCAGAACAAACCCCAGGGUAAUUACAACAGCGGCUACCCGUUUCAUGGAGGCGUAAGCUAUGGCGCGAACUUGGGAACUGUUGGAUACUAUCCUGAUCUCAACCGCGCCGUGGCUCGUGAAACAUGGGGAAAGCAAUACCAGCAGCUUUUCGAUGACGGUCUUGAGUUCGUUUGGCAGGACAUGACCACACCGGCUGCUGGAAACUGCUAUGGCGACAUGCUUGGUUUCCCCUCGCGACUCAAGAUGUCAGACGACGUCUACGGCCAAAAGCCUGACGUGAAACCGCCCACCAAGACUGCCAUUGAGCUUUGGGCCCUCUACUCCUACAACUUGCACAAGGCAACAUACCACGGCCUGAACAAGCUCAAGGGCAGAGAGAACAAGCGCAACUUCAUCAUCGGCCGCGGCAGCCAGACUGGCAUGCACCGCUUUGCCGGCCUGUGGACCGGUGACAACGGCAGUUCUUGGGACUUUUGGAGAAUCUCCGUCGCGCAGGUCAUUGCUCUGGGAUACAGCGGUCUGACCAUUGCUGGCGUUGACAUGGGAGGUUUCACCUUCGACCCCAACUCCUCGCUCAGCGCGCCGCGUUGGUGUGACCCCGAGUUGCUGAUUCGUUGGUACACUGGCGCAUUCUUGCUGCCGUGGUACAGGAACCAUUACAACCAGCACUUCGACACGAAGGUCUUCCAAGAACCUUGGCAAUACACAUAUGCCCCCCGAGACUACGGGCAGUACAUUCCCCAGGGGCUCUACAACCUGUACUACUCGGUUAUGCCGAUCUGCAGGUACUACGUCCAACUUCGAUACUCUCUGAUGCAGGUCCUCUACGACACCAUGUUUGCAAGCCUCAUCAACGGUCUCCCUAUCGCUCGUGCCAUGCUCAUCACCGAUCCCGACGACGAUUCCCUCUUCAACUCCAACGAUGACUUCAUCGACAACCAGUAUCUUCUCGGCCACAACAUCCUCGUCUGCCCCGUUUUGAACCCCGGCGUUUACAAUCGCGACGUCUACCUCCCCGGCACAGACCUCUGGUUCCCAUCCAACCUCCGCGUUCAAGACGGAGAUGAUCCGUUAAAGAUCAAGCACGCCGCGCGGCUAGAGAAGCCCGUUGACGGCGGCACGACCAUCAGCUUUGGCUGCGGCAUCCCUGAUGGCAUCAACAACACUGAACAGAUUCCUUUCGUGACACCGGUCUACCUCCGCGGCGGUGCCAUUGUCCCCCAGCUCGAAGUCCGUCAGUCGAUCGACGAAGGGAACCACAACCCGCCAACCAUCCACAUCUACCCUGGAAACAAGAGAACGUUCUACUCCAUGUUUUUGGAUGACGGCGUCAGCCGCGACAGUGCGCCCGACUACCUCCCUCAGUACACCAACCGCCAUGACAACCACAAGAGCGGGACACCCGAGGCUCAGAACAAGUACCGCGAAGUCAAGUUCGUCCAGGACUACGCCCCGAACCGAGUCAUCCAGGUCUCGCAUCCGUGGAACGGCUUCGACGCCGAUCACCUUGUGGGCAAGAGCUACCAGCUCGCCAUCUGGGCCGUCAAGGCAACGGCGCCGACGAACCCGGGUCUGGUCAGCGUCACAUUCAAGGACCAGACCGGUCGGGAGAUCCACGACGGCGGGCUGCAGGUCAACUACGACGUCAACCGUGCCGUCUUGAUCGUGGACAUCCCCGUGGGCUUGGUGCCCUCGCCCCCGAGGGACAGCGCUGGUGCUGCGCCGUCUGCGGAUGCGUAUAUUUCUGUGAACGUCUCCGGCUUGAACUAG